GGCGAGCGGCGCGGCGGCCGAGGGGGCGGAGCCUAGGCCCGCGCCCCGCCCACUUCUCCUUCUGGGACGUCAGUUGGAGUCCGGCCUUCGGCGGAGGAGGAAGUGGUGAAGAGUCGUCUCGAGGCGAUAUAUAAUAAAAACAGGAAAAACCCACAAAAGACAUUUUUUAAAAAAGCGGAUACGUAGUAGACACCCAUGACAGAGACCCAUUCAGACCAGCUGGGAAAACCUGUCGGAACAAAAAAUGUCUUCACUGGUUUCUGGAAAGUGCAGAUGGGUGCCUGUUAUAUCUCAGCAGGGAUGCUGUUCCACAGAACAGGGGCAGCCACAUUGAAAGCCCCGCUCGGAGUUCCUGCGGAACGGGCCUCUGGGACCUUUGGAACUUGCAGGAGAAACUGUCCCAUAGACAGCAGUGGCCUAACUUGGCAUGUAAGGGACAAAGCGGUCUCUCAGCUCACCCGGUCCAGAGCUGUAGACGGGCCUUAUAUCUUAGCACCAACACCUUGAACUUGACUCAGUAGCAGAUGGGCAGCCAGUGCGAAGCCUGCAAGGAAGUUGUUACAUGCCGGCAGUAGUUUGCUCCCACAAGCAUCCUAAGUGCCACGUUCUGUACGAAUAUGCUGCGGACCACCUGGAUGAAGCUGGCAGGUCACAGUUUGGAACCCCCUGAUCUGAUCCCCCUUUAAAGCCGUCCAAAUUGGUGGGUGUUGCUGCAUUUGCUAUUGCAAGAAGCUCCAAGGUGGCUUCUAAGUCCACAGAGUCUGGACCACCCUUUAAGCGAAGAUGCUGGAGGAAUUUGCCUACAGAGGAUUUGCUCUGCUAUGAAGCUGCUUUCUUCUCUGGUCUGCCUAGCUCAGUGAUGUUUGUUUCAGCCUUUGCCAACCCGGUGCCCUCCAGAUGUUGUUGGACUAUAACUCCUAUCCGGCCCCAGCCAGCACAUUCAUGUGAUGAUUUAAUUUUCAGAGGAGGGAUGGGAGGGUCGCAACUGCUUAGCAGUGAAGGGAGAGCACCCUGUAUAUGCCCAGAGGCAUCCAUUGUGGCUUAACCUGCUACUUAAACAUUUUGUGCCGUGGAUUCAUUAACAGAUCUUGAGCUAGCCACUUAUUCCUAUAAACUGGGAAGCAAAAUCCUUUUCACAGGCAGGAAUCUAUACAUGUGUACUCUGAAGGCAGUCCUUUUGUUUUCAGUGGGGCCUACUCCCAGGUAAGCACCCAUAGGAUUGCAGCUUCUUUAUUAUAUUGAUGGGUCCCUUUUUUUCAAAAAUGAACUCAAAGUGACAAAUGUUAAAAACAGAAUAAAUACAUGCUGAAAUACCCACAAAAUACACCAAAAGAAGAUCUAAUUCAGCCUGGCUAUCAACAAGCAUAGAAAUUAACGCCUGGGCAAAUAAACAAGCUUUUUUUUAAUCUGACCCCAAAAAACAGACAGCGAUGGCACUGGCUUAAAUGGUGUGUAAACCAUUCAGUGUCCACUGUGCUGGCAGGGGCUGAUGGGAGUUGUGGCCCCAAACCCCUGGAGGGCACUAGGUUGGCAAACGCUGGCAAAUAAGCGCCACCACAUCAUUCCUAAUCUUGCUUCCAGAUGAAAUGGAAAUGGACUGCCUUCAAGUCGAUCCUGACUCGUGGCGACCCUAUGAAUAGGGUUUUCAUGUUACGUAUAUUGGUGGGAUGUAAGCACAAUCAUAUGAAUACGAAAGAGAGAGAGGAGUCCCAUGCAGAGCCAGCCAGAGGCUUUCAGUGAUGACUGAGUUGUCAGCGGUUAUCAUGUGGGCGACGUGUUGCAACUGGUUUUGCCUGAACGGGCAGCCCGAGGACAUCCAGCACCGCCCGCAGCAGGGGACCCGCGCGCAGGCAUACUCCAACGCCGGCUACAGCUCCUUCCCCUCCCCCACGGGCGCCGAGCAGGGCUGCAAAGGCUGCGGGGCGCGUUUUGGCAGCGCCUCCCUUAAGCACGUCUGCCUGGACUGCAAAAAGACCUUCUGCUUGGCUUGUUCGUGCCAGCCAGAAAGCGGCCCCUGCCUUUGCCACCUCUGCGAGCGGUUCCGAGCCACGGCCUUCCAGCGGGAGGAGCUGAUCAAAAUGAAGGUGAAGGACUUGCGGGACUACCUGGAGCUCCGGGAGAUCUCCACGGAGAUGUGUCGCGAGAAGGACGAGCUGGUGUGUCUGAUCAUUGGCCAGCGGCCCGUGGGCCCCCAAGUGGACAGGCCCCCCUGGGUCCCUCCGCUGACGCUGGUCUCCCCUGUCCAGGAGGAAGAUCCGCCUCCACCUGCCGCACCGGACUCCUCUCCUGAGUGUCCCUCAGCAGACCCGGGCUUGCAGACUGAGGAGCAGCUGCAGGCAAUUGAGCAUGUGUUACCGAGCCAAGACGACAUGGCGGAAGUGGAGAAUGCAGUAGAAGCGCUGAUCGAGGAGGAGACGCAGUCCACUGACUCAGAGGAUAACUUAGUUUCCGGACGGCGGGCCUCCCUCUCUGACCUAACAAGCAUGAGAGACAUAGAUGCUCUCUCAGUGAGGCAGCUGAAGGAGAUCCUCGCUCGCAACUUUGUUAACUACAAGGGCUGUUGUGAGAAAUGGGAACUGAUGGAGAGAGUGACCCGCCUUUACAAAGAGAAGGAUCUUCAGCAGCUGGUUUCUGAUACAGAUGAUCAAGCUGCUCCAUCAGGUAACACCACGCUCCCCGGCUCAGAAGACAACCUCUGCAAGAUCUGCAUGGACUCCGUCAUCGACUGUGUCCUCCUGGAAUGUGGCCACAUGGUCACUUGCACCAAGUGCGGGAAGCGCAUGAACGAGUGCCCCAUCUGCCGGCAGUACGUGAUUAGAGCCGUCCACGUCUUCAGGUCUUAAGGGGCGUCCGAAGCAGGACAGACUGCUGUCUUACAAGAUUCAUCCACCGUGACGGAGAGCACACGGGUUCCAGCCGUCCAGCCGCCAUUCCUAAGACGAUAGGUGAGAUGAGGGAUGGAGGACUGCCGAAGGCUGGAGCUUUGAUAGGCUGUGCGCCCCACACAAUAACUGUACAUUAUACCGCAGUGCCUGGAGAGCUGGAAGUCCUCAAUAGAGCUAGAAAGGAAAGUGCUGUGCCUCUCUGUCUCUCUCUGUCCGCUCGAGACAGGGCAUAAAGAAACGCGUGACGACUGUCCUCCCAGACGUCAAGGCUCUUCCCCUCUGGGGCGAAUAAACAAGGUGGUCUAAAGAGGAAGAGACAUUUGCUGCUAUCAAUUCUCCUCCUCUUUUUCUUAAAGAAAAGGGGAAAAAAAGAGGCCUUUUACAGGGACUUCGCAUUUUUAUUUCUGGGACUUGUUCCUUUUUUUGGGGGGGGAAGGGUUUUAACUUUUAAACAAGCUCCUCUUGGGUUUAUUAGCUAGCCUUGCAGGUCAGGCUAAAAAGCUGGCUCUUCUGUAACCUUGGAUUUGUGUUCUGAGCAAUUUGCAGUGUCGUAGUGGCCGUGGAGAAGUUUUUUUUAAUCUGUGGUGGCCCCUCCUGAUAGUGCAGGGUGGAGCCGGGAGUGGAUUUGCAACUGUGAACGAGAAGUUUAGUUGGGUUUCUUGCACGCAUGUGUCUCAAGGGCUACUUCCUUGUUUUUUUUCUUUCUUUCUUUCUCUCUGACUUUCCUCCUGUGAGGAAGUUCAGUGGUCUUUGUGGAGCUGCAGGAACUGUUUCAAGUCUGGUGUUCCGUGUAGAAGAGAAGCCAUGCCAUUUGGGUUGGGUCUUGGCUAACGGAAUUUUGCAUUGGGAACAGCAAAGCAAAGAACCUACUCUGACAUAACUUUGACACUCCCAAAGGCCAUUGUGUGAAGAUAAAACAUUACAUUAGCAUCAGUGUGCAACUUGAGCUGUUCUUUUUGUUUGAUUUGGCGCAUUGGCCUCUGGCGACUCUCUGCUACAAUUUCUCAUACUGGAACGAACAAAUUUCCUGUCGUCUCCCUUCAGGAGGCCAAAUACCGCUUACUAAUCAAUUUUGUUUUUAUUUUUGAAAUGCUUGCUUUUGCCUUAACAUGCCAAGUUUUGCUGUCUCCGUUGCCUCUGUUGCGAAGGGGACCCUGUUAACUACCCUUUGGAGUGCUGGCUGAAUUUGGAUGUACCUGAUCAGAGAGGGGACUUUGUCAAUGGUAGAAGAGAUUCCUAGAGGUGUAGAAGGGCUUCUGCCCUUUUCUUCACUGAGGUCAGCUAAAGUGGCGGCUACAUAAAUUUCCCAGCCAGCAGCCCUGCAGUUUGUUUAUUUAUUCCUCUGAACCUUGGACCGAAUCUCACUUUUUACAACUGACAGCCUGGAGGAGACAAAAUAAUACCCCUGUCCUAACAACAAAAGCCUGUCUCCUUCCCGAUAACAGCAGAGUUGCUCAUCAGCAACUAUUGGAGAUGGUUUGGAAAUAUGCAGGGGAGUCGCCGAGUGGUUUACAAACAUCAUCUGCCUUUCCCUUGUGGCCUUUAACAACGUGGUACUUUUUCCAGUAGCUGCUUCCUUCAUUGAACAGCGUCUUAAUGCUUAACUGGACCCAGUGGCCUUCUGGAUAAAACUCGUUAUUUUCUAAUUUAUCAAAAGUGCCUCACACAGAUUCAAGCGCCGGUCACUAUUCAUGAAAGGGCCUUCUCCGGCAGAGGAAACCCACAUAACCCAGAGCGGCUACCAACCUCUAUCAGCCCAGGUAGGAAGACUCUGUUGUUCAGCUGAAUGUUCCCUCUCUUUUCCCUUUACGCAUCUUCAGUUUCAGUUUUCCGGUCAAGUCCUAAGGCUGUAUGUACUUGUGGAGUUAAACCUUAGAAUGAACACAGAAACAGUAGGAAAAAAACUACAGCAAGGAACAAAUGACGGAGAAGGAACAAAGAUGUCUUCAUGAGCUGGUGGGAAGUCUAAGCUGAAAUUGAGGAGCAUUAAAAUGAACAAUAGAUUUCCUGCCUGGGCUGAUAAAGGUUGAUAACCCAGAGUGGCUGUGUGGGCAAGUCUGCUAGGAAAAUGUGGGUGGAUGGGUGGGCGAGUGAGUGCGUGGGGCUUAAUAACUGCAACUUGCCUUAACCCCCUUAAGCCUUGUGUGGCUACAGUGAGGUGAAUGUAUUGAGGUGAUAAUGUGUAUAUGGAGUUGGUAGAGAUUGUCUGGCUGCUGACUACAUGCUUGCCUGUAGGUAGACGCAUGCUAACUGUGAGCAGGCUGGCUGCAUCCUCCUUAUGGUAGUAAGGCCUCCCCCCCCCAAAAAAGAGAGAGAACGCUUUGAUGCUCAUAGAAGCAUGAACUUCUGAAGCAUCUGAAGGAAAGUCUCUUUCCAGAAAAACGUGUGCAUACACAAUGUACUCUAUGCACUCUCAUACACGGCUAUUUCCAAAGAUCCGAAUUGCACUGUGAGCCUGGCCUACGGGCCUACAAUGUGAUGGAGCCACUCCUUUGCUCUUUCUUUCUGGGCAGCCUUCUGUUCUGCAGCUGUACUGUCUAUGCAUGAAUCUAUAACCUUUGCAACCAGCUUAGCCUUUAUGGACAGUGGAAAAGAGUGUUUCUCUUGAGAGCGAUUCUAAACCAAAGACAUCCUUCAUUGGCCUCUGCCUGUAUUGCUCAAGUACUGGAAAUUUUUAUAACCCACACCUGUGCCUCUAGGGAGAAGAGAGCAGCAAAUCUCCUUUGUUUACUUGUCUCAGCAAUGGACUGCUUACCAAAACCACACACCAACCGACAGCGGAUGCAGAGGAAAUCUUUACAUUCCAAUAUUUCUACUUUUUAGCUAGAGGUGUGACCCACUGUCCCCUUUGAUCUUCAGGAUUCUCUCCUUUUGUAGGAAUAGAUUUUGCAACAUUCUACCAUCUUCACGCUCCUGCUGCUGGGUGGGCUGACUGCAUAUAGGGGUGAAUUUAUGUGGGGUUAACAUUGCGGGAAAGUCGCUAUCCCGUGACAUUUCCGUCUGUCCCACUCCCGCCAGACUCUGGUGAAGUUCUUACUUGGUUGCAGAUGGAACUACAAUGAACAAGAACGUUUGAUCAAGGGAAUAAAGUUUGAUCACGAAAAAGUGAAAGUUAUCAGCAAGAAAUAAACUGGGAAUGUUUUUUUUUUAGUUAACUCUGGAAAGCAGACUCUGGAGACCAAACUAAAAGUGUGUGUGUGUUUGGGGGGGGGAUAGGGAAUUUCUCAAUAACAAAUCCACAAGCUGUUGACAUCAACUGUCAACAUUUAUAAUUGAUGCUUCCUCCUUUUAUUGCAAAGUUGAGUAUUCUUUCUGGGCUGUGAACUGAUCAUUUAGUAAAAUGAUGCUGGUUUGUGACUUGACAGGGAGCUGCUGCACUAAACUGUGGAAGAUAAAAUUCUUCCCAAUUUUUUUUUCUAAUAUAGCAAAUGUUUGCUUUGUUUGACCAGUGUGAAAGUAAAUGUACUAUUGAGGCUUGUUGACCCACACACAGUUUCUUACAGAUGGUAGAACCAAAUCCUGCCUUAUAAUUUUGUAAUAAAAUGAAAA